AUGCCUCCAAAGAGGCGCGCUGCCGGAUCCGCCACCUCCACAAACACUGCUGCCGGUGAUGCUCCCACAACGAGUACAUCCACAACACCACCCAUGUCACCAACAACACGACAACGAAGGUCUUCAACAACAGUAACAGCACCAGACAAAGAUCUCACUACUAAUGCCCAGGACAACCGACCUGCCAAGAAGCUGCGUGCCUCUUCUGCCAAGAAAGCCACCCCUCGGCCUGUCCCAGAUGCAUCACUAGGACAAGACACAACAAACGCGACCGCAACAAUCAACCACAACACAACCGAGGGCACAACCAACGGCGAAUCAGUUCUUCCCAGCAUCGGCACCAACACAGACGCAAUUCUCGUCGUCCACCCGGCCAGCACAUCCACUGAACCAACAGCAACACCACCAACAGUACCAACAUCACCAGACGAAAAACCCCGUCGACCGUUCAAAGCUCGUGGCCCUCGAGGGCCCUACAAGCCACGGAAACCCAAACCGACCAACUCCCUGCCCCCACCACCCCCCGAAAGCGGUCUCAAACUUCUCAAGACCAGCAAUGAGCUCGCCUUCAAGGACUCACGUCCUUGGCAUGACUAUUUCCAAGACCGGAAUCCUACCUACAACAGUUCGACUUCGCUGUGGGAUUUCCCUUCGCCACCACCGAGGGUUGAUGUUUUAGCGCCCAAAGAACUCAACAAGAUGAUCAGCGAUGAUUAUGCGAGGAUGAAGCCUCUUCCUGGUGGCCCCAGCCUACGCACAAGUUCCACAACCAAAUCAGCAACUGCAAAGACGUCAGCAGUAGAAACGGGCACCCAGGAACAACAACAAACAACAUCUCCAAGCAAUAACGGUCAAGAGGAUAUACAGGCAGAACAACCUCAAGAACAUGACUCUGACGAGGAGACUCAGUCGGACGACGCAUCGGAUUCGGACGAUGACGAAGAUUCGGAUGACAACCGUCGUAGUCAAUCAGUCACCCCAGGGCCUUCCGGUAACGCAGAUGGCGCCGCGCCGAACAAGGUCGUUAAUAGCAAACGCCACAAGAAGGCCAAGAAGCACAGAGUCAGGAUCAAGUACAGCUUCCCUGCUCCAGUCCCACCCCUGGAGUAUCCUUACCUCCAGUCUGCCUUCCCAUAUGAGAAUCACCCAUCGCCAAAGCCGCAAGCCACAACUCAGCCGGAUUAUGGACAGCACUCGCAGCCUUUGCCGGAUGUUUGGCACCGACCUCAGAACGGUUUUGCCGUGGAGGAUUUGUUCUCGCAGGAGAAACUUGAUUACUCGAUCCGGAUGCUCAGGAAACAGCCCAUCGAGGCCCACCGGCUCCGCAUGGACCUCUACUUUCGUCGGGGGUUCCAAUUGGCAUCGAAGCAAGUACUGGAUCGGGCGCGAGUGGCAUACUACGGGAAGAACGACUACACGAACAAGCACUAUCUGCAGGUUCCCAGUCUCUAUAACGAAAUGGACGAAGCUCGACUGCGGUCGAGCGAGAGGAGUCGCAAGGAUGUCAACAUUCUGCGCAACCUGGACGCCGAUGGCAAAAUUGCUCUCCGGGGACAUUCACUUUUGCGCGCUAUCCCUUCCGCCUCUACUGCCAAGCCUCCAACCCUGGCGACGACAAGCACGGCAAGCGCGACAGGAGCGGCGACGACAGCAACAGCGGCACCACCCAUGUCUUCAGGAUCUCGAGUCAUAGGAGGUGCCUUUUCGUCAUUGGUGGCAUUGUCGUCAUCGGCACCUCCACCAGUGAGCCAAAGUACAGCGAGCACCCAAGUCGACGAAGCUUCAGAGGCAUUGGCGAGGGAUAAACUGGCAUACUACGAAGUGAACCAGUUCCUGGGAUCCAUGUUUUCUCACAGGAACCUCGGUAGCAAAGCGCAGGCUCUGAGCCCCAGAGCGUGCACGAUUCUUCGGACAUUGAUGAGUGGGCUGGAGAAGAAGGUAGUUUCAAUGGGCUGCGAGCUGCAGCGAGCAGAGUUGACAAAACGUCUGGCAGAGAUUGAUACCUUUUUGUCAAAGCGGCAUCGAGAGAUGAUUCGUGUCAGAGUGGGGAAAGCCAGGCGAGAGCGGCAGCGGGGGAGGGAAGAUUCCCAGCAGGCUGUCGCGACGGCAGCAGCCUCUUCUCCAGACUCGUCAUUGGCGUCAUCCUCCACACCUGUAUCCAUGUCACCAGCAGCAACAGCAAAAGGAACAGGAGCAGGAGAUUCAGCAGACCCGACGAGCCCGGCUACUUUUGCAGCCCUUGAGCGACGGUUCUACCCAAUUUGGGAUUGUGACCCAGGAGAGUACUACAUCCGAACGGCCACGUCCAACAACCCCAUGACACAUGUUUCCGCAUUAGCUUCGGCUAUUGAUGACCCUUUGGGUCAUCCUCCGGCAGAUAGGGAUGGGAGCCCUUUCCUCCCUCCUGCAGCAGACAGUGGUACAAUGACUACAGCAACGACCGCGACGGCAACGACGGAGGAGAGUGGGUGGCCGUUUAUCAGCAACCCGCUCAGGAUCCCGGAGGAGAUGGAGCCCUUCUGGAAGGUAAGGAACUAUCUGGAACGCUUGCCGCCGUCAUCAUCCGUAUCAUCAACCCCAGCAGUAGCAGCACCUUCUGCGACUAUUGUGAUUGAAGGAAGCUCUAAUAUCGAGCAGAUCCAUCAAGCGCGGCUGGAUCUUUCUACACCUGAACCCUCCACAUCUACAUCCUCGUCGACGUCGCCGUUGUCGGCGUCAACAAUGACGACGACUGCUGUCGGUAGCAGGAACUCAGAGAUUGAGUUACUUCGUCACGCGCAGCAGGCUAUUGCUUCUGCUACCAGAGUGGCACCCCCUCUUUUUUCUUCUUCCUCUAUCGCCAUGUCCUCGACUUCCUCGACGACUGCAGCGAGGGUGACGGGCAUGACCUCGGAGAUUGAGCUCCUCCGCCUCGCUCAGCAGGACCUUGCUCGCGCUGGGGCUGCUGCCCAAAUGGCACCUACUUUUCAUCCUUCCUCCACUGUCGCUUUGUCUUUGUCUUCGACCUCAGCAACUACUCCGAGUGUGAUGAGCAUGACCUCGGAGAUUGAGCGCCUCCGUCUUGCACAGCAGGAGCUCGCUCGUGCUGGAGGGAAUUAA